GUGAAAAUUAGCACAGCAGGAUAUUUGUUCUCUGUGUGUUGAGUCCUGCAUGUGGUGCAUUUGAGCCCAGUCGAUUUUCAAAGAGAGAAGCGGAAAGACGUUACUCCUAUACAGCAGGUGGCGCUGUGGGAGCAGACACCACACCAAGGCUUCUGCGGUUUUCCCGACACAGACUGAGACGGAGGAGGUCCUUACUGAGUCGAAACUGCAGUAGAGCCCUGCAGGAGUUACAGCAAUUCAAUUAGGGUUUGGAGAGCGUUUUUAUUAGAAAUAAAUAGCUAUAGAUAAAUUUGUUGUUACUGGAGACAUACGCUUUAUCUCGGAUUGUUGUAAGCCAAGGGGCCUACAGAAUUCAGCAGGACUGGGAAUGGUUUAAUAUUGGCCGUUUGUUUUCCGCGGUUGGGGGGAAACAGAGUUUAGCAAGGCAAGGGGCCUGUCAGAUCUGCAUCUCCAGAGCCGACUGCACAAAAUAACCCCAGCUGGGAGACCGGACAGACGCUGAUCAAACAGCAGCAGAUACAGGGAAUCGUCGUCUCGCUUGGAUUUCGCAGCGGGAUUGAAAAGGAAUCCUCCGGUGUGUUGGGACCUACAGAAGACAAGGGACAGAUGUAUUAAUACGAGCACAAGCACAGUCACUUGAUUAUAAAACAAAUCAUUAUAAACCAAGGAUCAAGGGUACAGUUAAGCGUCAUAACCAGGAUAUAUCCCAAAAUUGAGAGCUGACAGUGGACAAGAGAUCCAGACGAUACACCACAACGUAUGCGUGAGAUCUUCAACAAAAUACGCCUGCAUUUUCCAGUUGUCCCGGACCACGCAAUACAUUGCUACAGUCGAAAGCGCAUUCGUUUUGCAGCGGUAGGCUGAUGAGUUUUUAGUUAAACAUGUGCGGAAUAACAUUAACAAUAACAAAAAGAAGCAGCAGCAGCAUUAAUAAUAUAUUCUCUCCUCUGGGCUGGUAGUGAUAACACUGAAGCACGGGCAUCGGUAUAAUUUGAGGGCUGAAAAGGAACCUAAAGCAGGCUUGUUGAAGGAAAAAUAGGCUACGUGGCCUUGCCAAAAGCACCAUUCAAUAUAUUCUAUGAUUUGAAUACAUUCUACCAGUGUACUGUUUUAUAUAUAUAUUGGUUUAAAGCAUAUGUGUAAAGUUAAUUAAAAAUUAGAAUUGUCAUCUUCUGGAAUUAAGGUCCAGCACCAGAAUGCCAAACUCGAAAUUUGCUUUACAGUUUUUCGUUUUUAAAUAAAAGCGUUGACAAAGCAAAUUGUAUGUUUGUCAACCAGAUAUUCACUUAUAACACAGUACAUACCGUAUAUAUGAGUUACAUUAUAAUUCGUUGAACAUUUGUAAAAGAUGACAUAGCAAAAAUAGUUUUACGGCAACAGUAUAUUUGUUAUGAAUAAGUUAAACGUGUUUAUAUUAUUUUUUGAGGAAACGGAUAUUUAAUUAACCAAAUGUUAACUGUGCAGGAUGGGGAUCCGAUUUUAAUUACAGCUGUUGAGUAUUUUUGACUAGACUGCAAAAUAAAAGUUGUUUUUCUGGAACUGAACGGAUCGAAAGAUCCCCUCCCUCCCUUUGUAUUGCACGGAAUCAGUGCGAUCUAAUUUAUUUGAUCCAUACGACGAGAAACCCCCAGGAAGCAUUGUGUUGCAACUAAAGCCUCGCCAUCUUAUACUUUUUAACCCCGCAACCGACAUAUUUAUAUAGGGAACUCGAUAUAUAAUACACUGAACGCAACAUCAUGGAUUUCAGCAAGAUGGUCACCGUUUGGAUCGUGUGUUUGUGUCUCUUGAGUGAGAACUGGGCAGAAAAGCCACAGCAAGGAGGCCAGCACCAAGCAGAGCAAGAAGCAGAUUCCUGGGUCUCAGAGCUGUGCCGCAUUGAUGAAGUUCUGUGCCAGGAUGAGGCCGCCACCCUGAGCUUCGAAGCUAUCCGCAACAUCCACAAGCAGAUGGACGACGAUGCCAAUGGGAAUGUGGACGCGGUGGAGACCGAUGGGUUCCUGAGGGAAGACCUGAACUACCACGACCCCAAAGCCAAGCACAACACCUUCCACAGAGAGGACCAGCUCAUCAGCGUCGAGGACCUGUGGAACUCCUGGAAGGCAUCCGAAGUGUACAACUGGACAGUGGAUGAAGUGGUGGAAUGGCUCGUCACUUAUGUGGAGUUACCCCAGUAUGUAGAGACAUUCAGGAAGUUAAUGCUCAACGGAAGCAACAUGCCGAGGCUGGCUAUAAAGAAUGCAACACUGACUGGCAUUGUUCUCAAGAUAGGGGAUCGCAGCCACAUGCAGAAGCUCCAGCUGAAGGCACUGGACACUGUGCUGUUUGGACCCCCACUGAUGAACCGUCACAACCACCUGAAGGACUUCAUGCUGGUGGUGUCCAUUGUGAUCGGGAUAGGCGGCUGCUGGUUUGCCUACAUCCAGAACCGCUACUCCAAGGAGCACAUGAAGAAAAUGAUGAAGGACCUGGAGGGGCUCCAGAGGGCAGAGCAGAGUCUGGACGACCUGCAGCAGAAGUUGCAGAUCGCCCAGGAGGAGCACCGUACUGUGGAGGUGGAGAAGGUAACUCUGGAACAGAAGCUGAGAAACGAGAUCAACUGUGCCAAGCAGGAAGCCCAGAGACUGAAGAAGCUGAGGGAGGGGACUGAGAACGAGCUGAGCCGGCAGAAAUAUGCAGAGGAGGAGCUUGAUCAGGUGCGGAUGGCCCUGAGGAAGGCAGAGAAGGAGCUGGAGUCUCGCUCCAGCUGGUCUCCUCCAGAGUCCCUGCAGAAGUGGCUGCAGCUCACCCAUGAGGUGGAGGUCAUGUACUACAACAUCAAGAAGCAGAACGCGGAGCGCCAACUGCUGAUCGCCAAAGAGGGGGCUGAGAAGAUUAAGAAGAAGAGGAACACGUUCUUUGGCACGUUCCACGUUGCACACAGCUCCUCGCUGGAUGAUGUCGACCAUAAAAUCUUAACUGCAAAGCAGGCACUGAGUGAGGUGACGGCCACCCUAAGAGAGCGACUCCACCGCUGGCAGCAGAUUGAGAUGCUGACCGGCUUCGCCAUUGUCAACAACCCCGGCCUCCCCACACUGGCCUGCGCCCUGAACUUGGACCCCAGCUUCCUGGGGGGCCGCCCCGCGCCCCAGCACUUUAUCAUGACCGACGACGUUGAUGAUAUGGAUGAGGAAAUGAUGUCUCCUGGCACCCUCCAAUAUGCAGCCUGGUUGAUGGACCGGCAAUCCAGUGAUCACUGGCCAAUCAGCUCAGAGAAUAACUCCCUGUGGAAAUAUCCGGCUCCCAGUAUGAUGUCCCUGCGGCAGCGGCACAUCGACCCUCAGCUGGCAAUGGGCUCUCAGAGGUUGGUAGAGGGUUGUUAUGUCCAGGGUCAGCAGGGCGAGGGCAGCCUUUACCAGACCAGGACUAGGGUUUCCCUGCGGCAAGCUCGCAGUCACUCGUUCGGACAAUUCGAGGCUUUCGGGCCCCCCCCUCCCACUUCUUCUGCUCCCUCGCACCCCUCCGUCUCCUCUGCCUCCUCUUCUUCCUCAUGUGGCUCCUCCCCUGCUCAUUCUGUCUUCCUCCAUCCCUCCCUCCAUUUCCAGCCCCUGGACACCAUUCCGGACCUCGCCCCUCCGGACAUCACCUCUGGGGUGUACCAGCGAUCCGACAGCUUGGGGGAUCUGAACCGUUCCGACUCAGACUCCUCCCUCUCCCAGCUUAGCGAGCAGCAGCGGCUCUCCAGUUCCUUUGGCUCUGGCUUCAAAUCCCUUCCCAUCAAGCCCGCCUCUCUGUUCCACGGUGCCCCUGCCAGGGCAGAGGAAUCAGCCAGCGCACAUGGUCACACCCCCAACGGCGGGAACCGCAUCCACGAGGCAGGGACCUGUUCUAAGAGCCUUGCCGACAGCCCGCUAUUAACAAAGAAGGUGUACGGUCAUGGGAUGGAGAAAUCGGCCAGCUUGGGAGAGAUCAACAACGCUCUGGCAGGCAUGUCCCAAUCCGAGUCCUCCCGGUCACUCAGCCCCACUUCCACUGAGCCCGACACUCCCUCCCCGACUGGGGAAACCAAGCAGGAGGCUUCUGGAAAAACAAGCCGCAUCCCACAGCUCUCCACUAAGAAGAGCCCCCUGGAGGAGGACAGCGCUUCCACAGGAGAAGACACCGACACCAACGUCAGCCGGAAGAAACACACGUUCAAGAUAUUUAAGAAACAGAAGAAGUAACGUGUUUCAGAAUUUCACAUGGCAAAGGGGUUAUGUUUUUAUUUUUAUUGGUUGUUUGUUGUUUUUUUUAUGUAGAGAAAGAAGGGUUGAUGAAAAAACAAACUUUAUUGCGAGAUAUAAAUGGCCGGUUUGUAGCGGCUGGAACACUGUCUUGAUGAGAUUUGAGGGUCCUUGUACUGAGGAGCUGAAAGAAACUAGGAAAUUAUUUUUGGGAGGGGUGCAAAGUGUAAAGCGCUAUUUAUUCUGCAGGAAUUGGUGCCAGUCUUUUACAAGUUUAAGGGAAAAUUAAUGCCCUGGUUCGGUUCUAAAUUCAUUUGAGUACAUUUUUUUGUUUGCAUGCCUUUAUUUAAUUUUUUAUUGUGAUUGACGCAGUGGGUGUUUGCUUGCUUCUUGUUGUGUUUCGCUUAACAACCAGCACAGAAAAAUACAAUUUGUUAGUGAGGGGCGUUCAAUAUUAGUGAGACCAAAAAAAAACAGACUAUUACUGAAUCUCUCUUUUAAGAGUAAUCAGACAAUGUUUAACGCAGUAUCUUGUGGUGUACUGUAGCUGAUUAGAAAGGGGUCUAACCUAGAAUGUCAUUAAAAUUCAAACAAAUCAAUUUACAUUUUGUCGGAGGAAAAUCUCCAGCUCCAAAUUAGAUUAAAAAAAAAGCGGGGGGGGGGUGGGGUGGGGGAGGGCUAGGUUAUUUUUUUUUUUCUCUCGCUGAUAAUUCAUUAAACCUAAAUUUGGUCUCAAAACAGGGAACAGUGCCCAUAUGAAUGCUCAACGGCCAGUAUUUGUGUAUUGUAUUGGGAGAUUUCCUGUCUCUCUGCCUUUUCAAAUACUGCCUGCAGUUGACAGAGUGGCACUGCUAAGGACACAGAGCUGAAACGGAAACUGUUGAACUGCUGAAAUUGCUCCAGUGUUUGCUGUGUUGUUUCUUUUAUGCAUGACUCAAUAAAAACCAGGGACCUUUUUCAACGGUGCUCUCGUGUACCACGGCUGUCAGGGAGAGCUGAAAUGGAGUGAACUCGACUGACAUCUCGUGAAAACAAACUUCCUGAGGAUGGUGAAUGCUGUGCUAUUAGUUCAGGUGGAGGGAUGAGUUAGCAACAACAACAAAAACUCAUUUUGCUGAACUUUGUCUGCAUUAGUCAAAUAAUCCGGUCAUUUGAGAUUUACAAAAUCAUUCCUAAGGGUUACCAGACUGUUGCUUCCUUCCACCAACUGUAGCACAGCUGUCAAAUGACCCAGAAUGUGCUGGGUCAUUGGACAGCAACCAACUUUCUGCCUGCUAAAGCUUACCAUAGUACGCCCAUGAUCUAAUGGAUUGAAAUCAAAGUGUCUUCCCACAAUCCAGAGCUCAGUGGAGGAGUGAAAUGUUUAGGUGAUCUUAGGAAAACAUUUUUAUUUUAUUUUGUUUGAUCUUCACACGUCUGAUGCGUCCGUUUGUUUUGUCAGUCGGGGUCAGACAGUGCCAAGUUUCCAUGGUUACCUGAGAAUCGUGGCAGCUCUUUGUGCAAUGCAUCUUACAGUACUUUGAAAUACGGUUCUGGGACUGAUUUGAAAAGUACAGCACAGGAAUUUAAAUUCCAUUCUUGACUCAGCUGUUUGCCUGAUCUGAAUCCAGUAUACAUUAUAUCUUUGUGUGUUUGUGUAUAUGCACACUGUAAAAUCAGAAAUGUAUGAAAAUGGUUAAAUAUAUUUUAAUGUGUUUGUCAGAAAAAAAAUGUUUCUUCAAGUUGUAAUAAUCAAAUUAUGAGGACAAAUUACCACAAUAAUAAUGUGUUCUGGCAUUAACUUAUUUUUUAUUGUCACCAUUCAGUGUGGUAAGGUGUAUUUUUUUCCCCCAUAGCAGGUGACUAAUAUAACCCCGUACAGUAAAAAUAGACAGUUUGAAAGCUUUGUUUGAACAGAGUUGUCAAAAUAAGGGCUACGUGAAAGAGCUGAACCUAAAAUACACAAAAAGGUAUCAUUUUAUGCUGUUUUCACACAACCCUUCUUUAAGAAUGUUAGGCAGAGUUGUCUCUGGUGUCCUCUGAAAUAUCUUGGUUUAAGAGAUCCACAAAGUGUUAGAAACUCCAGACGCUGGUGCAUGUCAGCUUCCUGUGUGACGGUAUAGAAUAGUGUCAUUUCACCCGGCACACUUAAUUUGCUCAGGAACACCUUAGCAGCUCAGCAGCUGUUGCCCAGGCCCACCACUUCCUAGCUAACUUUGUAAGAUAGUGUGGUCAGAAUGGAGUAGAAAUGGAUCAAGGAAAACCUGCAAAAAACACGACGGUCCACACGUUUGUUUGCAUGCCCUGUCGCUGUUUAACCCUUUGAUUUCCAACGGCCUUCCUGAACAGUAAAUCCGUGCACCCUUGGGAAUCGAAGGAUUAUUGGCUGCUGAUAGCACUACUGUAUUUGCUCCCGCAGAGCAUUGAGCUGCUAUCUUUGAACUGAAACAAGCAUCCACAUACUGUACCAGCACAGGGGGUCUUUACUGGUUUUAUUUCCUUUUAGUGCAUGGUUCUUGUAAUGCCAGGUGACGUCUCUCUAGUGCUCAGUUUCAUUGUACACUUGUAACAGCUUUAAAUGUAAAAAAAAAAACCGUUUUACUGGUAAUUUCAUUGGUCAGAAAGGUUUUAAUGUACUGAGUUGAAUUAAAGACCCAUUUCUCCCCUUGAUCAGUCUGAAAGUCUACCCUUUUGGAAGGACAACAAGCUGUUAUUGGUGUGCACAUUUGUACCAGAGCUUUAGAAGCCCCAGACUGGCUGAGCCAGGAACAGGCUUCACUGACAGGCAGUAGAGACUGGGAUAGAGGUAAAUGUCUGCAGCUGCUUCAGUCCUGCCUCCCCCAGCAAAGUGUCACUUGAGAAAGUGGACAGUGAAUAGCAGCCAUGGAAAAUUGGCCAUAAAUACUAAAGUCACCACUGAAAAUAAGUGGACACAGAAAAUAGUGUCACUGCUCUUGCACAGACACUUGUAAAGAGCGGCUGCCAACAGGUUAUCAACAUUUCAAUCUGAAUCUGCUCAUCAGGUUUUGGAGCUACUUAAGGUGAGCUGACAUGCUACACUCACAUAGGUGCAUAACCUUGCACAGAUCUCUUACCCAGACAUUCUCGCGCACUCAUAUUCACACACGUGUCUCCACGCGCACAGAGCUGCUGUAAUUGGAGCUUCAAACAGGAGGCUUCAGUGUCUCUGGGGCUACUUACUGAAAUGGAGAUUCCUUCACAGAAAUACCCUCACAGUUAAUUACACACGUGUCCCUAUAUAUACUCCUGUGUACCCACAUCCUGUGUUGAAUAGGAGUUUCUCUGUGCCUUCUGAGAGUGUAAUUUGGUUCCCAAAACUUUGCUUUCAAAGUUUGUAACUCUGGAGACCACAUUGAAACCAAAAUAAUGCUGCGUACUGCAUUUGACAUUGGAAAAGAGCUGUUUUUUAUUGUUUGUACUGUACAUACUGAUGUUUCUAAGAAUGUGUUCAUGUACUGAGUUGUGUCUCACCAACCCCUUUCUCCCCUGAAUCAAAAUUAUAUAUAUUUUUUUUUUUCUGCAAGUCACAUUUUUGUAAAGAGCCAUUGUUUGCCAGUGAAUACUAGUAAUAGUAAGUCUGGGUUGUCUGAAAGUUCACUUUUACAUGGAAAUGAAUAGAAUAUGGGUUGAACCACUGUUACACGGAGCACCUCAAUUAACUGUGUGUGUAAAGACCCAGUUGUAUGUUUGACGCUGUCUGUCUUGUCUAUUCUCCUGUCUGUCACCAUCACCAGGCUGCUCUCUUGGUAGUGGUGUGAAGCUUUUUGUCAGCGCAUGCUACCUGCUGUCUUGGCUUAAUCAGGGUGAAGGGAAAGACGUUUUCAGGUGUUUUAUUUUUUUAUUUUUUUGUUUUCUGUUGUCCCUUCUGCUUAUGUUUAUGAAAUAAGUAAAACUUUGUACCAAGUUCUGCAUCUGCUGUAACCUUCUGGACACUAGUCUCCAGAACUUUUUGGCACUCCUGCAUGAAGCAAUAAACUAUUUUGAAUGAAA